AUGACAAAUUAAGAUCAAAUUGGAUUUAUAUUAUCAAUAGAUAAAGAAUGGUAAAAAUUAGUGGAGAAGUGUUAAAGUAUAGAUAGCAAUAUAAAAAAUAUGCAAACAAGACUUACAUUUACAAUAGGAUAGAUGAAUAAGGAAAUAGGGAAUCGGCAUAUAAUUCCAGCAUAUUAAGUAGAGGAAGAAUAAACAAAGGAUGAAAAUCAUUUACCUUAAUAAGGUGAGUCUCCUAUGAAGAAACCUGUAAAUUUAACUAAAUAAGCACAAAUAUUAGCUCCAGUGUAUUCAACUAUAAGUGAAAGAUUUUAGAUAUGUAAAUUUUUAGGGAAAGGAAAAUUUAGUGAUGUUUAUUAAGCUUAAGAUAAAUAAUCAAAAAUAAUUGUUGCAUUAAAAGUAAUUCCAAAAGCAACAAUAUAAAAAUAUGGGAUGGAAAAACAAUUAGCAAAUGAAAUAAAAAUAUAAGGUUAUUUAGAUCAUCCAAAUAUUCUAAAACUUUAUGGAUAUUUUUAAGAAUGGUCAAAAGUCGUUUUAAUUUUAGAGUAUGCAACAGAUGGUGAACUAUUUAAGUUAUUAAAAAAACAAACAAAAAAAAGAUUUCCAGAACAAAUAGCUUCUGGAUAGAUUAGAUAAAUAAUAGAAGGAAUAGGACAUAUGCAUAGUAAAAAUAUAAUUCAUAGAGAUAUUAAACCUGAAAAUAUAUUAAUUACUCAUUCUUUAUUAAAAAUUGCUGAUAUGGGUUUAUCUACUUAUAAUCCUACUAAUCAAGUAAGAUAAUCAUUUUGUGGAACUGUUGAUUAUAUGUCUCCAGAAAUUGCUGCAGGAAGAGAUUAUGAUCAUACAGUAGAUUUAUGGGCUAUUGGAAUUUUAACAUUUGAAUUAUGUACUGGAGAAACACCUUUUUAUGAAAAAAAAAAAGAAGAUACUAUGAAUAAAAUUAUUUAUAGUGGAUUUGAAUUUCCAAAUUUCAUAAGUGAAGAAUGUAAAAGCUUUGUUAGGGCUUUAGUAUAAAAAGAUCCAAAAAAAAGAUUAAGCAUUUUCUAAAUUAUGUAACAUUCUUGGAUUCAAAAAUAUGAAAAAGAAAGUACAAUUUUUAAUAGAGAAUUACUAAAUUCUAUGGUUAAACUUUUAAAAUGA